CGGGCUCCGCGGUAAUGGAGGCUGAGGAGGAGUGCUGACGGGCGCUCCCCCUUAGCUCGGGCUUCUCGGUCUGCCACCGACUCGGGCUGGGGUGUGGGGCUGGCAACCCCAGGGCUGGGUUCCGUUGCUCGCCUGUCCCCGGGCGGGGCCGGCUGGGGGACCCGAAGCUGGUGAGGAGCGCCUCAAGGCGUCUAGGGCGUUCUCGUGCCCGGGGUUGCGCCGGGGAAGCCGCCCCCUGCGCCCCGGGAUCCCGCCGCGGCGGCCGGGUCUCCUCCAUGAAGUUGAAACAGGUUGGCACCCAUUAACCUGGGUUGCAACUACAGGUGGCACUGGAAGCAGACUGGUCCUCGGACAUGCCCGGUGGAAGGAGGGGCCCUAGUCGGCAGCAGCUAAGCCGUUCAGCUUUACCUUCUUUACAGACUUUGGUUGGUGGGGGCUGUGGCAAUAGAGCAGGCCUGAGAAACAGGAAUGGUAGUGCUAUUGGCCUUCCGGUUCCACCUAUCACAGCCUUAAUCACCCCAGGUCCUGUUCGUCAUUGCCAAAUUCCUGAUUUGCCUGUGGAUGGGAGCCUGCUCUUUGAGUUUCUCUUUUUCAUCUACUUGCUGGUUGCCUUGUUCAUUCAGUAUAUCAACAUCUACAAAACAGUGUGGUGGUAUCCUUAUAAUCAUCCUGCGUCUUGUACUUCACUAAAUUUUCAUCUCAUCGACUACUACCUGGCAGCGUUCAUCACAGUAAUGCUUGCGAGGAGGCUUGUCUGGGCCCUCAUUUCAGAGGCCACUAAGGUGGGUGCAGCGUCUAUGAUUCACUACAUGGUCCUGAUAUCAGCUCGCUUGGUGCUACUCACUUUGUGUGGAUGGGUGCUUUGCUGGACCCUUGUCAACCUCUUUCGAAGCCAUUCAGUCCUCAAUCUCCUUUUCCUUGGCUACCCGUUUGGCGUUUAUGUUCCUCUCUGCUGUUUCCACCAAGACAGUAGAGCUCAUCUUCUCCUCACGGACUAUAACUAUGUGGUUCAGCACCAGGCAGUAGAGGAAAGUGCCUCAAAUGUGGGUGGCUUGGCCAAGUCCAAAGACUUUCUCUCCUUAUUGCUGGAGUCUCUAAAGGAACAGUUUAAUAAUGCCACGCCCAUCCCCACCCACAGCUGCCCCCUCUCUCCAGACCUCAUUCGCAAUGAAAUAGAAUGUCUGAAAGCAGAUUUCAACCACCGAAUCAAGGAAGUUCUCUUCAACUCCCUCUUCAGUGCCUAUUAUGUUGCCUUCCUCCCCCUGUGUUUUGUGAAGAGUACGCAGUACUAUGACAUGCGCUGGUCGUGCGAGCACCUCAUUAUGGUGUGGAUCAAUGCUUUUGUCAUGCUCACCACACAACUGCUGCCAUCCAAAUACUGUGAUUUGCUACAUAAGUCAGCUGCUCACUUGGGCAAGUGGCAGAAGCUCGAACAUGGGUCCUAUAGCAAUGCUCCACAGCACAUUUGGUCAGAAAAUACAAUAUGGCCUCAAGGGGUGCUGGUGCGACACAGCAGAUGCUUAUACAGAGCCAUGGGGCCUUACAACGUGGCAGUGCCUUCCGACGUAUCCCAUGCCCGCUUUUAUUUCCUAUUUCAUCGUCCGCUAAGGCUGUUGAAUCUGCUCAUCCUGAUUGAGGGCAGUGUCGUCUUCUACCAGCUCUAUUCCUUGCUGCGGUCAGAGAAGUGGAACCACACGCUUUCCAUGGCACUCAUCCUCUUCUGCAACUACUAUGUUUUAUUUAAGCUCCUCCGGGACAGAAUAGUGUUAGGCAGGGCAUACUCCUACCCACUCAACAAUUACGAACUCAAGGCUAACUAAGCCUCCACUCAACAAGAGGGAGAACUCAGAUAAAAAUAUUUUCAUACGUUCUAUUUUUUUCCCUUGCAAUUUUUAUAAAUAUUUAAGAUAUUUUAUAUUUUGUAUACUAUUAUGUUUUGAAAGGCGGGAAGGGUAAGGGAUAUUAAAUGUAUCCAUAAACAAGGUGAUGUGCUCUUUCAUGUGUUAGUAUAUUUUAAUAAUAUACAUAUGAGAGGUGUACCUCUCCAGUAAAGACAUUGAUUUGUUCAUAUGG